AAGAAGAGAGCAUAACUCAAAGUCACCUUUUAGUGUGUGUAAGAGUGAGAGAGAGAGAGAGAGAAAGAACAAUGUCUUGUUCCUCAAAUAUUUCGAAGGCUCUCUUCUUCCUCGGAAUCAUCUACUUAUCAUCAUCGGUGUCUGUUUUCGCAGAACAAAAUGACGAUCCUGCCCUUGUAAUGAACUACUACCAGGACUCAUGCCCACAGGCAGAAGAAAUCAUCAAAGAGCAAGUCCAGCUUCUCUACAAGCGCCACAAGAACACCGCUUUCUCCUGGCUCAGAAACAUCUUCCAUGACUGCUUCGUCGAGUCAUGUGAUGCAUCUCUACUGCUGGAUUCGACGAGGAGGGUAUUAUCGGAAAAAGAAACAGACAGAAGCUUCGGAAUGAGGAAUUUCAGGUACAUUGAAACCAUUAAAGAAGCUCUAGAGCGAGAGUGCCCCGGUGUUGUUUCUUGCGCCGAUAUUCUCGUCUUGUCUGCUAGAGAUGGCAUUUCUUUGGUAGGAGGGCCAAACAUCCCCCUAAAAACAGGGCGAAGGGACGGCAGAAGAAGCAGAGCGGAUAUUCUCGAACAACAUUUACCAGACCACAACGAAAGCAUGUCGGUCGUUCUACAAAGAUUCGCCAGCAUCGGGAUCGAUACCCCCGGCGUUGUCGCGCUGCUCGGCGCCCACAGCGUGGGGCGCACGCACUGCGUGAAGCUGGUGCACCGUUUGUACCCAGAGGUUGACCCGGCGCUGAACCCUAGCCACGUGGAGCACAUGCUGUACAAGUGCCCCGACGCGAUACCCGACCCGAAGGCGGUCCAGUACGUGAGGAACGACCGCGGCACCCCCAUGAAGCUCGAUAAUAACUACUAUAGAAACAUAUUGGAUAAUAAGGGCUUGUUGAUUGUUGAUCACCAGUUAGCCACCGAUAAGAGGACUAAGCCGUUUGUGAAGAAAAUGGCGAAGAGCCAAGAUUACUUCUUCAGCGAAUUCUCGAAGGCGAUCACCGUUUUAUCGGAGAACAACCCUCUCACCGGCACCAAGGGUGAGAUUAGGAAGCAAUGCAACCUUGCAAACAAGCUACAUUGAAGUAUUAGUAUGUAGUAAUGUGUGUGGCAAAAAUAAUUAAGGUGGUUUUAUUUAAUUUGCAUUGCAAGAUUUGGGCUUCCUUUUUUUUUUUUUUUGUAAUUUUAAUUUUAUGGGAUUAAAUGUGGGGGGUGUGAGGAAAGUUGUAUGUAAGGAAUGGUGAUGGUGUAUGAAAUUAUGAUGCAUAUGUUAUGUAUGUAUGUGUUGAUGAUGGUUGUUG